AUUGUUAUGCUCCUAUGAUUAUUUUUCUCACUAAUGAUUUUUCAAAUAUAAAAUACUUAUUAUACAUUUGAUAGUGUUUAAUUUUUGUGAUUUACCACUAUCCUGGUGCAAUGUCACAAAGAGAGGAGACUAAUGACUCACCUAAUAAUGGUAAUGAAGAAUCGCAGAAGAACAUUGUAGACGCAUUGUCUCAGAAUCUGGGUAACCUUAAAUUAAAGGCUGAGACAAAUAGUGAAACCAGUUCGUUGAGUGCUAAGAGUUUAUUAGACAUCAUAAGUGAUGCCACUAACAAACCUCAAGUCAAUGAUGGAAAUCAUGUUUUUUGGAACACGCAACCGGUUUUACGUUUUUCUGAAGAUGUGUCAUCGGAUGAAAUUGGUCCUAUUGAUGCCACAUCUUCUGUGAGUAAGAUUCCAACUCGCCCUUAUUUACUACCGGAUGCUUUUGAGUGGGUAGAUAUUGAUAUCAAUGACGAGACUCACUUAACUCAGUUAUAUACUCUCCUAAAUGAGAAUUAUGUGGAAGACGGUGAAUGUAUGUUCCGUUUUGACUACAAGCCUGCAUUUCUUCAAUGGGCUAUGACCCCUCCGGGUUAUAAGAAGAAUUGGCAUGUUGGUGUUCGUGUUCGUUCAUCUAAGCGUCUUGUUGGUUUCAUUAGCGGUGUAGCUGCCAAUAUCAAGGUUCUUGGCACUUCUUUGAAGGCUGCUGAGAUUAAUUUUCUGUGCGUGCAUAAGCAGUUACGUUCGAAGAGAUUGGCUCCUGUAUUGAUCAAGGAGGUUACUCGUCGAAUUAACCUAUGUGAUAUUUGGCAGGCGGUCUACACUGCUGGUGUUUUAAUUCCUCGCCCUGUUGCUACAUGUCGUUAUUGGCAUCGUCCACUUGAUAUCAGGAAGUUGGUGACUGCUCAAUUUUCAACAAUCGGUAAUCGCAUGACCAUUUCACGUGCCCAAAGGCUCUACAAACUACCUGUUAUAAAUGAUGAUUUUUCAAUGCGGCCUAUGGAACCACGUGACAUCGAAGGGGUGACUAAACUCUUGAAUAGUUAUCUUACGUCCUACAAAAUCCAUCAAGUGUUCACUGAUGAGGAGGUGAAUCACGCAUUUCUUCCGAAGAAGGAUAUAGUCUAUACCUACGUAAAAUGUAGCGAAGAAGGAAUGGUAACAGAUAUUCUAAGUUUUUAUUGCUUGGAGUCGUCUGUGAUAAACAAUCCUCGUGUGAGUCACAUUCGUGCUGCUUACUCGUAUUACAAUGUUGCUACUACCGUUUCGUUCAAGAAUCUAAUGCAGAAGGCUCUUCAUUUUGCUCAUGAGCAUAGCUUUGAUGUAUUUAACGCCUUGGAUCUAAUGGAAAACAGUUCAAUUUUGGAGGACCUCAAAUUCGGUGAAGGAGAUGGAGGCCUGCAUUAUUACAUAUACAACUGGCGUGUGACUAAUCUUAAACCGAGCGACAUUGGCCUGGUAUUAUUUUAGUGGUUCCUUUCACCACUGUGUUUUUGCGAUGUUGCAACACUGCUUAGAAGGGCGACU